AUGGACCCUCAAGAACGCCAAAGAGUGCCUGUAGGCAAGAGGACCAAAGCUCACUAUAAAUUAGAGUUCACCAAUGGGCUGCCUCCAGGCACAGACAGUGUGGAACAACUUGACAAGAAUCCACGGUUGCCACGACCACCGGCAUCACCAAAAAGGCCUUUGCCAGACUUACCCCCAGUCUCUGAGCGCAAAGGGCACUGGUUAGGCAAGUAUCUCGACCAACUUGACCCAGAGACCGAAUAUGACCACAUUAUACGCGUACAGUCGUUCCAUCGCAACUCUGUAUUCAUGACCGCAUUAGGAUAUGCAUGUGUAUUCGUGUGGCUUACCACCACCCCUGCGGGCUCGGCCGCGAUCCAUGGAGGCAAAGUGAUUCGACGGGGCCACCAGCGCUUCUAUGAAACGCAACUAUUCAACUUCCACUGGGUCUAUCACGGCAGUGGAUCUGAGAAAACCAAGGAGUAUGUGGAGAAGAUCAACCAAAUGCACGCCAUUGUAUGGAAAAGAACUCCAGGGGCCUUUACCCAGGCUUGGGAUGCACAGUCGGCCAUUAUCCUACUCUCUUCCUACGAGUCGCUAUUAAGAAAGAUGUUUGGUACAAAGAACGAUAUCCAUCCGCAGCUGAAGAAGGCGUGGCCCGAAUGGGGAGAGCGGCUGACCGCCUGGUUCAAAGCGGAGCCUGUGGAUGGGGUUCCCCAGACCUUUGGCAUCAAUUAUCCGAGAAACUGGGAUGAGAUUGUGCAGUUUGGGCAAUGGCUCAUCGACUUUGACAUGGACAAGCAGCGGUCAGAGGAAGAUAGGAUCAAAGGACAUGAAACUGCUGAGGCUUUUAUCCACCAGUUCAGUGAUCUCUGGUUUCCAAGGUGCCUCCAAUUCCUAGGCCGAGCCGUGGUGCUUACCUGUCUGCCCAAGAAGAUCCGCGUCAAGCAGCAGCUCGGCGAUCCGAACCCCAUUCUGGAAUUCUGCAUCAGACAUGCGUUUCGACUAGGCAUGAACUACGGAGACUCUCUCCCCGAUCCCGUGAUGGCUGAAUUCGAGGACUUUUACCACGAACUGGAGCAGCAGGAUAUGAGCCAAAUCGAUGCGAUCAACGCUGCAUCACGCGAUGCGCAGGAUCUGUUUAUCAAGCGGACCGUGUUGUUUGGCGUGUUUUUCGUUGUGAGUGUUGUUCUAGCUUUGCGAUAUGGCGCAUCCAAAUAGAUGGGUUGAUCGACUGGAUAAACCCUGUAGUGGGCAGUCAUGACCAGUACAGGUACCUACAGGAAUUUAUUUUAUUACGAAC